AUGAUCUCAGCUCCUGCUGAUCCAACAUUGAAAAUGACCUCAACCGUAAUCAGCGAUACCUACACCAUCCUAACCGGGUUACCAGCAUCUUACCAACUACGCCCAUUCCCAUCCUGGAAAGAACUACGAAAUGCCGUGCAAGCCAUAUACAACCAGCUAGAGCAGCACAACUGGUCAGGAAACCAAUGGAUAGCUCUCACCGACAUGUCACAAGCCGCCAUCGACAAGCUAAACGAAGACCACGAUUUACUAGCAGGCAUCUCGGUCCGAUUUACAUGGAUGGGAACAACAGGACUCCUCAAAGUAGCCGCCGGUGCUCCCCACCACUUUCCUACAACAGAAAUAGUCCGUUACAUUGACUCCCAGUGUUCUGAAAUGGGAGUGCCACGCACGCAGCUCACCUGGGGAAUGGCAGUUACAUUACCCGAUUCGGCUGCCUCUCCACAGGGCAAGCAACCUGAUGCCUGCGUUUUCCCUCCAAAUCGGCAGCCUCGCGGUGGGAAGUGCGAUGGUUGGCCGUCGCUCGUCGUGGAAACAGGCGUCUCGGAAUCCCUAACGAAGCUUCGUCGAGAUGCUACAUGGUGGUUUCAGCAUUCUUCGGGCGAUACUGGAUCAGAGCUGAGGAUUGAGAAGUGGCAGCUCGUUCCGUCCGGGAGUCCUGUCACUAGGCAUUUGAUAGAGGAGUUACGCCAACAUCCUGGUUUGAUGCCGCCUCUUGGUCAGCUGCCAGCAGGUGUGCAAACUGCUUUCUGUGUUCAGGAGGUAGUCAUUACGCCUCAGUCGAUUAUGGGUCAGCCUCUUGUGAUACCUUUCAGGGCUUUGUUUGAUCAGAAACCGAAUGGGGCCGAGUGA